AUGUCACAUAAAUUAUUGUUUUUGCCUAGUCUUGUCCUACGUCCCUUUAUAUAAAAGAAGUUGGCAAAAAAGUUUGAGUAAUGGUUAGAAAGUACUAAUUCCUUUACUGAAUAACAAUUUUUCUUGAAUUAAAUAAAUAACUUACGAGCCAGUAAUUCGAUAAACCAAAACCUUCAGCAAUGGACUAUCCAAAUGAAAAUGAAGGGUUAGGACUUACAAGUGAACAGACUGAAAAGGUUCUACAAUUUCAAGACCUCACAGGCAUAGAGGACAUGACCAUAUGUCGUGACGUGUUACAAAGACACCAAUGGAAUUUAGAAGUGGCUGUUCAAGAACAGCUCAAUAUGAGAGAAGGUCGUCCAUCAGUAUAUGCUUCAGAGUCAAGACCUCCAGCAGUAGUAAAUGAUUUGCUGGGACAACUAGUUUACUUCUCACCACCUACAGAUGGAUCUGACACAGGAAUAAAGAAAUAUUUUAGAGCAAUUUUUGGAUUUAUGUGGAAUAUGUGUUAUGGCACUCUAAUUACUUUGUUCCAGAUCACCAGGAGGAUCUUAGGUAUAGAAUAUCGUCCUCGAACGGAUCCACUACAAGAAGUAUUAGAAUUCAUUCACUCCUAUGAAGAAAAAUAUGGUUGUGAGCAUCCAGUUUUCUAUCAGGGCACGUUUUCACAGGCAUUAAAUGAUGCCAAGAGAGAGCUCCGAUUCCUAGCGGUAUAUUUGCAUGAUGUGGAAGCAGUUGAUACCGAAAUCUUUUGCAGAAACACUUUAUCAAAUCCAGCAGUAAUUCAAUAUAUUAAUAAUAACUUCUUGUUUUGGGGGUGUACUGCAUCUUCAGAUGAGGGCAGAAGAGCUUUGAAUGCCAUGAGAGGUGCUAGGUUCCCAUUUAUGGCAUUAUUGGUACUAAAAGAAAAUAGAAUGACAAUCGUUGGAAGGCUUGAGGGUUAUUCUGAUCCAGAUCUUUUGCUACAAAGGAUGCGUACUAUUGAAAAUGAGUUUGGCAUGAACCUUAUUCAAGCUCGGGCUGACAGAUAUGAGCAGAGCUUAAAUAGAUCAAUACGUCAACAUCAAGAUGAAGCUUUUAUGGAGAGUUUAAGGGCUGAUCAGCUCAAAGAACAAAAGAAAGAAGAACGACGCAGAGCGGAAGAGGAAGAAAGACGGCGAAUCGAACAGGAAGCAAGGGAAGAAGAGGAGAGAAGACAAGCCCUACAUAGGGAAAAAUUAGAGUCGGUGAAUAAAGUUCCAUCUGAGCCAGAUGCCGCUCAUCCUGAUGCGGUUCAUGUAGUAUUUAAAUUGCCAUCUGGCGUACGUUUGGAACGAAGGUUCCUAAAAUCCCAUUCAUUAGAGCACGUUUUUUAUUUUGUCUUCUGUCACCCUCACUCUCCGGAUUCAUUUGAAAUAACCACAAACUUCCCCAAACGAGUGUUGAAGUGUCGUCCGAAUCACGAAAAGGAACGGGUAGAAACGCUGGAGCAAGCCGGACUUAAAAAUAGGGAAGUUCUUUUUAUUAACGACUUGGAUGCGUAACUACUUAAAACCUUAACCAAUUUUCUAUCAGAUUUUUGCGAUUGUUGCAUUUUAAAGAAAGAGACAUUCCACAUUGAUGAUUUUAACGAUACAGUCGAUCUCAAAUAAAUUAACGGAAAUAUAUUAUAGAACACCCUUUUACCCAGGCAUUUAGCGAUUUAUGUAACAGGAAAAUUUAUGUAGCAGCAAUCGUAAAAAUCUGAAUGUAGAUAUCUUAAAACACACUUCCCUGUUACAUAUUCCAAGUAUUGUGAUACUAUUUAAAAGAAAAAGCACUUUUCGCGAUUUUGACUUAAAUGUGAACCUCUUUACAUGGAUGUUCUUAAACUAUAUAAAAGUUAUUUAAGGAUAACAA